AUGUCUGAACAUGACAUUGAGACUAUGGCUGAUUUGGCCCUCAAGGGUACAAUUAUUGAUUGGAUCACACCAAAAGACCAGCAUCUUGACCCUCCACUGCACCGUAACAUUAAAUCUACAAGAGGUUUCAACCAUCCACGUACUGGUCGGCUGCUAUGUCCAGCAGGCCUCAAUUGGGAUGAUCCAGAUAUUCAAGCAAAACUGAAGACUGGUGAAAUCCAAGUCACCAGCAACCAAUGGCCCAUAUUUAUUUAUGCUAACUUUACCUACGACUAUGGUAACCCAUGGCAAGGUCUUCUCCAUAGCAACCUUCUUGUUCAGGCUUACAAACACAUAUCCUUGUUGCCAUCUUCUGUUGAUUCAAGCACAGAGUUUCGUGCUACACGGUCUUCAAAUACUUGCUUGCAUGGCAUGUCCCGGGUGACCCACUGCUCUAUCUUAUACAUUGCUACCCAAGUUUGUUUUGCCUUAUUAUCACAAUCUGUGUUCUCCCGCACCGGCACAGUCACAGAUUUAGAGGGUUUCUUCAACACCAUUAUGGAGUCGCUUCAAGACACUAAUGACAUUGAGGAAACCAAUGAUCUUCUUGCCUGGUGGGACCUUAAAAUAUUCCCUUUGUCUCUACGAUAA